GUUUUGUUUACUUUCUUAAUUGACAUCUUUAAAAAAAUCAAAAUUUUCCGUUCUGAAAUUACAGAAACAAAAAAAUGGACAAGAAUCUUAGCAAAGACCAAAUAGAUCCAUUUUUACUCGGUUACGCAGCUUAUAAUCAAGAAGUGGCACUCUUUGAAUUCGGAGAUGUAAUUGUCUUAAAAAAUUAUAAACAAGUUGACCAGGUCCGGAUUAUUUCAGGCGGCUCCCUGUCUCAUAUUGAGUUUGUGGGAACGGGAAUGUUAACUGCUUCCAUUCAAGGCAACCAAAAUCGACCUCCAAAUCCGAGCACAAUUUUACGCACUAUAAAAGAACUGAGUCUAAAUCAUCACAAAGGAAUUCUUAUAAUUGUUCCGGCCAGCUCUACGGACCUUUUAAACUUUGGCCUAGCAACUGAAAGGGCAGAAAAUGAUGAUUUAAGGGUGGUCUUCUUAGGAGUCCCAGACGAUUGCAACAAUAAUGUAACUUCAAAAAGUGACAGAAAAGGAUUACCAGGUGUGGUUCUAGUCAAUAAAAUUGCAGGAGCUCUGGCUUUAACUGAUAAAUCUCUAAGCCAAAUUGAGACAUUUUGCUCCAAAGUGACUGAAAAUUUAGUUAGUACUGGAACCAAUGUAAAAGCAAAGCUUAUUGGUGCUAGAGAGUGUUUGUACUGUCAAAAAUGUGCCAUGGGGGUGGAUGCAGGAGACUUAAAAAAAUCUAUAUUAAAAAAACUUUCUACCAAAGAUAUUAUCAGUGAUGUAGCAAAAGACUUACUUGCACAGUUGACAACUAAUAUUAAAUUCCAUUUAGAACCUGGUGAUAAAGUGGUGAUGUUAGCCAAUAAUUUAGGUGUGUUUAACCAUCAGGACCAAUAUACAUUUUUAAAGCAAAUUAUUGAGCUAUUAGGGGAGUUAGAAGUGACUCUGGCAAAAUUUUAUUUUGGUCCCUAUUUGGUUUUAAAUUAUGACAUGGAUUUUACUUUGACUUUACUUAAGGUUUGGGAUACGAAGGUGAUUGAGUUGCUUGAGGCUUCCUGUAGCGCUCCAGGUUGGAUAUCAUCUUGUCAAAUUGCCCCAGUAAGUUUAAGCAAUUUGACCAUACCAGGUUGCCUUAGAAGGAAGUGUAGACUAACGCCUCCAAUAAAAGGUCCUAAAUUAAGGGACAAUAGUGCUAAUAUUGUAAUGAUUUGUUUGCAAUUUGCAUGUGAUGCCCUUAUUUCUUGUGAAAAAAUGCUGAACACUAUGGAUGGCGAUAAAGGGGAUGGCGACACCGGGACAAGACUCCGGAUUAUAGCUGAGGUACUAAAUAAUCGUUCCUGCGACAAUAAGUUGAAUUUUAACUGUCCGUUCACCCUGUUUGUAAGUUUAAGUAAAUUGUUAGAAAAUACUGUAGGUGGCACAAUGGGAUGUAUCUAUAGCAUAGCCUUUGAGGCGGCUGGCAAGUACUUCGGAGAACAUUCUGAAGAUGAGGAGGUAAAUGGUGAAAUGUGGCUUUGCGCAUUGGAGAGAGCCUGUGCCGAUGUUAAAAAGUAUGGAAACGUAUCAGAAGGAGAACAUACUAUGUACGAUCCCCUCUAUGCGUGCGCCACAGUUUUUCGUCAAAAAUCUGCAGGAACUCGUUACAUUUACGGUUUAGAAUGUGCCGUUGCGAGAGCGGAAGAAGUCGCUUUACAAACGAAAAAUAGAGGUAGUAAAUAUCCGGAUGCUGGCGCACAUGCAGUCGGAAUUUGGAUGAGGGCGAUCUGCGAGGCGGUCAAGCUAAGAUGUUUGGAAAAAAAAUAGUGCAUUUUAUUUAUUUAUGAAUGGUUAUUAUUGUUAGACUUUCUUUUUUUAUUUAUGACUUACAAUUGUUAGAAUUAAAUAAAUAAUUGAGGCGGUUAGAUGGAAAGGGGUGUAAGUACACAUUUAUGCAUUUUGAGAAAAACUUGUUCAAAGUUUAAGCUUUGUAAAAAAAUAACGGCGAUUUAAAUAGAAUCAACCUAUUUUUUUUAAAUUUCUAAUGUAUGUAAAGAUUAUUUGCAUAUAUUUUAAUGCAUUUAAGCUGGUAAUUUGAUGAAUACAGGGCUUAAAGUAAAGGUGUGUAUCACUUACACCCCUUUGCAUCUAAGAGUAGAAUUUUAUUUUUA